CUCGUGACAUCAACUAAUGCUCUCGCUGCCCUCCUCUCUCUCUCUCUCUCUCUCUCUCUCUCUCUCUCUCUCUGUGUUAAACUAAUAGUGAUCUAAGAAAAUUUGGUGGGGAAGUUGGAGAUGAUGGUUAUGCAUUUAUAGCAGCUCUCUCUGAAGCAAUUCACUACAAAUAACUCUUCAGCACCUCUCGACAGCAAGGAGGAGUCAGACUGAUCGAUCUCUAACUCUUCCUCUCUUUGCGACUGUCAUGCAUACAGUACUGUCGGUUGAUGCCAUGGAUCUCUUGUGGAUGAUCGCCACUGUUCUUUUUCUGUACUCCUCUUUGUCCUUUUUGUGGAAGGCCUUCGAUUGUCGGAGGAACCAAAACUGUUGUCUCUUUGAUUAUGUCUGCUACAAGCCUUCCGACGACCGCAAGCUCUCCACCGAGCUCUGCAGCGACGUCAUCAAAAGGAACAAGAGACUGAGCAUGCCUGACUACAAGUUCCUCCUCAAGGUCGUCGUCAACUCCGGCAUCAGCGAGGAGACGUACGGCCCACGGAGCAUCAUCGAGGGCAGGGAGGAGAGUCCCACCCUUGACGACUGCGACGACGAGGUGGACGACUGCAUGUACAGUACCCUCGACGAGCUCUUCCACAGAACAGGGAUCUCUCCCGGUGACGUCGACGUGCUGGUCGUCAACAUCUCCAUGUUCGCUCCGGCCCCAUCCCUGACGUCGAGGAUCGUCAAUCGCUACAAGAUGAGGGAGGACGUCAAGACCUUCAACCUGUCCGGAAUGGGGAGCAGCGCGAGCCCCAUUGCCAUCGACCUUGUCAACAACGUCUUCGAGACCCGUAAGAGGACGCUCGCCGUCGUCAUCACGUCCGAGUCCAUCGCCCCCAAUUGGUAUUGCGGCACUGACAAGUCCAUGAUGCUCGGGAACUGCCUUUUCCGCUCCGGCGGCUGCUCCUUCAUGCUAACGAACGAUCCGUCGCUGAAGCACCGAGCGAAGAUGAGACUGAAAUGCCUGGUCCGGGCGCACAGUGGGGCCAACGACGACGCAUACAGCUGCGCCAUGCAGAACGAGGAUACAGACGGUCGCGUCGGCUUUCACCUCAGUAAGAGCCUUCCUAAGGUAGCGGUGCGGGCCUUCACCGAGAACCUCCAGGCUCUGGCGCCCAAAGUGCUACCGGUGGGAGAGCUUGCGCUUUACGUCAUCCGGGGGCUCCGCCACCGGCUGCGGCGGUCGAAGGAGACGAAGGCUUACGCCGGGACGGCGGUGAGGGUGAACUUCAAGUCGGGCGUCGAGCACUUCUGUCUGCACACCGGGGGCGCGGCGGUGAUUGAUGCAGUGGGUAGUGCCCUGGGGCUAAACAAGUACGACGUGGAGCCGGCGAGGAUGACGCUGCACCGAUGGGGGAACACCUCCGCCAGCAGCUUGUGGUAUGUGCUGGGCUACAUGGAAGCGAAGAAGCGGCUGAGGAGGAAGGACCGGGUCUUGAUGCUCAGCUUCGGAGCGGGGUUCAAGUGCAACAGCUGCCUGUGGGAGGUGCUGAGAGACCUGGAGGAUGGAGGGGCGUGGGAGGACUGCAUCCAAGCCUACCCUCCACAAUCCUUAGUCAACCCCUUCAUGGACAAAUUUGGGUGGGUCAACGAGGCGUGAGCAGCACUGCACCGCCGCCCUAUCGUCUUUCUUCUUCAAUUCGUACAGUCGCUUCUGCUGCUGUCAUCCGAAGAUAACAACUGUCCUUCUACUACUCAGCUCGUAUCUCAUCGUUAUCGUAGCACAUAAUAUGUCCUUAAAAGAGAGUUGAAGAAUAAUGUAUCAUAAGGUUUUCCUGAGAACAAGUGUCGCAGUUGCUACGGUGGUCUCGCAAUCAAGUUGGAAUCCUGUGGCGUGGGAUCAUCUCACUGAAAUGGACUAAAUGCAUGCGUCCUGCGCGAGGACAUGACAAAUGUGCUAACCUUUUGGGUUUGCUGUACUGCACUAUUUAUGCAUAUGCUCGACCUUAUUUAUUAAGCAGAAGAGAGGUACAGAUAUAAGAUUCGAGUUCGAUCCUAAGGAUUUGAAUGGGGGGGUAAGGGAGAGCAAGAAGCACCGGCAUAAAUAACCCAAUCGAUAACCCCAGUAAGAUAAUAUAUUAG